GGUCAGGUGCUCGAUUGCCUUCUGCUAAGAAUCGUAGAUAGUUGGUAUUCGCCUCGCUCGUUGGAUUUAACAGUGUUAAUCAAAUUGUUUUGUUUUUUUUUUCAAAAGAAUUUAUUAUCAUGACAGUACCACGUCGUACAUUAAUUUUAACUUUUUUAAUUAUAGUAUUGUGUAAUAUUUUUACGGCAAGGUGUAAUAUUUUUUCGGGCGAUGCAGUACCUGUAUUAUUAUGGGGUAUCACACCCGAAUUUGAUUCUCGUCCAAGCGCAGUCAAUCCACUUUCGAAAACCUCUCAAGCGGAAUUUAAUCAAAUUUUGAAUAGUAAAAUAGAUAAUUCACGACCACCACUUCUUGUUUUUGUGAAAGAUAGUUUAUGUGUUGAAGAUCUAACCCAACACAAGGAAGAUCUUCGACAAGUGACAAACAGAAGUCUAUUGGCUUAUUUAUCUGCAGUUGAAUCUCCCCUUUCUGUAUUCGAAGAUUUUCCAUCAUAUAAUCAAAGUUAUGAUGAUAAUGUAGACUCUUUAUCGGAUGGCCAAUUGUUAAUUAAGCCAAUCACAACUUUAGAUGUUAUUUCUGAAAUAUAUAGAAAUAUCAAAGAUACUACACCAAAUUUAAUUGCCGCACUUACAGGAAGAUCUUGCGGUUAUAGUCGUUCUGAACGUACAAGAAGAGCAAACGUAGAAAAUAAUUCUGAUACAUAUAAAGAUUCUAGUCCAAAUGCUCCAGUUUCUACAUACAAUAAUGAUUGUAAUGCCAGUAUCAAUUCUAAUGAGUUCAUUGUCAGAGGAGAAAGAGUACUUUUAUAUGGAAGUCAGUCUCCACUUAUAAAGACUAAGGACAUGGAUUUCAAAAACUUUUCCAAGGUAACAUUGUGCAAAGAAAGUUUUGAUCAAACUUCUAAAAAUAUUGAUUUAGAUUUAAUAUUUAAUGGAAUUGAUACUAAAACAUCUGAGGUAGCCCUUCAAUUUAACAUUAAAAAUCCAUCAUCUGGUUAUUAUUCUAUAAAAAGUAUAACUUAUAAACCAAAUAAUAUGAAUCCUGAGGUAUUAACGCCUGAAUUAGAUAUAGUAUUUCCAUUUAAUUUUUCUUAUCAUUGCUCAAACGAGAUAAUAUUUUUAAAAAAUACCACUAUAUUAAAAAUCCCAAAUAUGCAAAUACAAAUUGAUGCAAAGAAAUUUGGAGAUGCAUAUGACUGUGUUAAUUUUACUACAAUUCCGAUCUGGACAGGAAUUUUUGUUACUACCAUAUUAGGUUCAAUUAUGAUUUGGGCAUUCACAAUGAUUAUUGAUAUUCGUACUAUGGAUAGAUUUGAUGAUCCAAAAGGUAAAACUAUUACUAUUUCUGCCCAAGAAUAAGAUUAAAUAUAACGAAUAGAUAUUUAUAUAAUAUAAAUUGUAAGUAAAAAUGUGUUAGGAUAUAUUAAAAAUAUGAAAGUGUGUCAUAAUGUACUAUUACAUUGUUAUGAUUUAGCAUGAUUUCACAAUUUUGGCAAUAUAUAAUAUCCUCUUAUGCAAAACUUCGUCUAUGAAAAAUUAUAUACGGACUGUGUUUCAUAUAUUUAUCUAGUAUUAGCAAAAUCAAAAUGUAAACGAAAUUUAUCUUACAGAAAUCUAUAUACCAUUCCACUUGUAUAAUAAUAUAUCAUUUACAGUAUUUAUAUCUUUAAUGAUAAUGAAUAAUAAUGUUUGAAAAAUAUAAUAGAUAUGCACAUUAUAUAUCAGAUAGAAAAGAUCUGUAAAUUAUUAAAUAAAAAAAUUUAAUUUAUAGCUUGUUUCAACUAAUAUAAAAUAUAUUGCACAGUGAUAGUGAACUUUUUGAAGAUUUGUCAUAGACCGCAUAUUUACAUAUUUUUGUUACAUAUAUUAAUGAACAGUCUAAUAUCUUGUAAAAUAAAUUAUAAAUGUCUUGUUGAAAUUUACAAUUUCCAAAAAAAAAAAAAAAGUUGUUAGUAAUCUAUAAAGUAUUUUAGCGUAAAAUGUUGUUUAUUUGUACAAUUUUCUUUGUCAUAAAUGACUUUUAUUUUAUUAGAAAAAUGUAAAAUAUAUAUAUGUAUAUAUAAUAAUAAAGUCAUUAAAUUGUAA